CGAUAAUAAUAGUUAACAUUUACUGAAUGCCUGUAAUGAACAAAGAGUUCUUCUAAACUAUUUACAUGUAUCUCAUUUAAUGCUCAACAACAAUCCAAGUCAUCCACAUUUGAUCAGGAGUAGUUUCUUCAUAUUAACAAGUCACUGAGCGGCGAGCGCGCUGGGGAGCGCAGCUGCGGGCGUGGGGGGACAGCAGCGGCGGAGCCUGCCCGAGAGCGGCUGUGGCCAGAGCGAGAGCAGUGGAGACAAAGGCUACGAUAUGGCCAGUUGUGAGUGUGUGGAUUUUUGAGUAAAACCUCGAACCCAAAUGAGAAGAAACCUUCAAGGAACAACUUAUACCGACAGUGAGUCUACAGUCAUCUGUAUGCAUAUUAUGGAAUGUUCUCAACCCAGAGAUAGCUCUAUUGACAAGGAGUGAGCGACUACCUGUUAAGGUCCUGAGUCAAGACAACAAUUUUUAUACCUUUCCUGGUGGUUCAGAAACUAGUCUCUGUAGAAUCAGAAGCAAAGAAAGGAAACAAUCUGACCUUUUCUUUGUUAGAUUGACUAUAUAAGAUACUUGACUUCCAGGAACAAAAACACAGAGGAGUAAUAAAGUUAUUAUUUUGGCAUCGUUGGACAUAUAUCAUAUUGAGAAGCCUGCUGUGUGAAGCUUCCUGAGUUGAGAUUUGGAAACUUCACCGGUGAUCAUUUAUAACUUGGACUAUAAGCAUGAGUGAAUUCUGGUUGUGUUUCAACUGCUGUAUUGCAGAACAGCCUCAACCUAAAAGGCGCCGGCGGAUUGACCGAGGUAUGAUUGGAGAGCCCACAGACUUUGUGCACACGGCUCACGUUGGGUCAGGAGACCUGUUCAGUGGGAUGAAUUCCGUUAGCUCCAUUCAGAACCAGAUGCAGUCCGAGGAAGGCUACGGGGGUGGCAUGGCUGCCAACGUGCAGAUGCAGCUCGUGGACACGAAGGCAGGAUAGCCCCAGACCCCUACUCCAUGUGAUGGCGUCUUGUUCACCCUGUUGCGAUUACUCCAGUGACACGUUACUAUUCUGCUCUGAAGAAACUAUUGUCAGAAGAAUCCUGCAUUUCCUUCAGCUGGCAUGCAUGCCUUUGGACUCAUGGACAGAGUUCUUUGGAUUGUGGCUUAAUGAUUGAUUUUUAUGAAUAUGGAUCUGAUUUUAGCAUGAUCUUUUUUGUGAAUGCUAGCACUGUUUUGCAUUUUCUCCCGCAUUUUUAACAAUUUCUCUUUCCAACUCCAACCCCUCUGCCUUAUGAUUUUAUUGGUAAGCAAAGAACUGCUAUUUUGAUUUGUCACCAUUUAUGUAUAUUUUGGAAGGUAUGAGACCCAUAAGCACAAUGAUCAUUUCUAUUCAUUUGAAACUUCAGCAGAGUAGUAUCUGCAAGCUUUAUGAAGUUGCUUGUGUGGGAGCCCAUGGGAUGCCAGAAAUGAACAUUUCCUUGCUGCCAGGGGCUGAUGAUACUGCUACUAUGAGAGAAAGGUUAGCUGUGGCACCAAGUCACAUCAGUUUCACAAAAAAAGGCAAUUUGUAGCUUAUUUUAGAAGUAUGACUU